CUCUCGCCGCCCGUGGGGAAGUCGGGGCCGCCCGAGCGGCCGCCGCCACCGCCUCGCCCCGACCUCCUACCCCGUCCCCUCCCGGCCCGCCCCUCCCGCCCGCGCACCCCCGAGUAGUGAGUGGCCCCGCGUAGGGUCCGGAGAGUCACCGCGGCGGCGCCGGGUGGUGUUUAGACCAUGUUAAGGAGGAUUUUGCAGAGGACUCCUGGGAGAGUUGGCUCUCAAGGUUCUGAUUUAGAUUCAUCAGCAACUCCUAUAAACACAGUGGAUGUCAAUAAUGAAAGCUCUUCAGAGGGUUUCAUCUGCCCAUUAUGUAUGGAAAGAUAUAUAACUGCUAUUGAUUUAUCGGAGCAUUACCAGAAAGUGCACGCUGAAAAUGAAACAAGAGGACAGGAACUUCUUAAUGACUCCAGUGUUACUGGCUUCAUAUGUCCCCAGUGUAUGAAAUCUCUUGGAUCUGCUGAUGAACUUUUCAAACACUAUGAAGCAGUUCAUGAUGCUGGUAAUGAUUCAAGUCAUGGAGGAGAGGCUAAUAUUGCUUUGAAGCGAGAUGAUGUAACACUACUCAGACAAGAGGUCCAAGACCUACAGGCUUCACUUAAGGAAGAAAAAUGGUACUCGGAAGAAUUAAAGAAAGAAUUAGAGAAAUAUCAAGGGCUGCAGCAGCAAGAGGCUAAACCUGAUGGAUUGGCGACUGAGUCAUCAGCAGAACUACAGUCUUUGGAACAACAAUUAGAAGAAGCCCAAACAGAAAAUUUUAAUAUUAAGCAAAUGAAAGACUUAUUUGAGCAAAAGGCCGCCCAACUUGCUACUGAGAUUGCAGAUAUAAAGUCAAAAUAUGAUGAAGAAAGGAGUCUUCAUGAAGCUGCCGAACAAAAAGUGACACAUCUGACAGAAGAAUUAAACAAAGAGGCAACUGUAAUUCAAGAUCUAAAGACUGAGCUGCUUCAGAGACCUGGUAUAGAAGAUGUUGCUGUGCUGAAGAAAGAACUAGUCCAAGUUCAAACACUAAUGGACAACAUGACCUUGGAACGUGAGAAAGAAUCUGAAAAACUAAAAGAUGAGUGCAAAAAGUUACAAGCAGAAUAUGCUAACUCAGAGGCCACAAUAACCCAGCUAAGGAAUGAACUUGCCAAAGGUCCCCAGGAAGUUGCUGUGUAUGUACAGGAACUACAAAAACUUAAAAGUUCAAUUAAUGAAUUAACACAAAAAAAUGAGAACUUGAUGGAAAAGUUGCUGAAGAAAGAACUAGACUAUACCCAGUUAGAGGAGAAACAUAAUGAAGAAUCUGUGAGUAAAAAGAAUAUACAAGCAACCCUUCAUCAAAAAGACCUAGAUUGUCAGCAACUUCAGUCAAGAUUAUCUGCAUCUGAAACCUCACUGCAAAGAAUACAGGCAGAACUGAGUGAAAAAGGAGAAGCCUCUCAAAAGCUCAAAGAAGAAUUAUCUGAAGUAGAGACCAAGUACCAGCAUCUUAAGGCAGAGUUCAAACAGCUACAACAGCAGAGAGAAGAAAAGGAGCAGCAUGGGUUACAACUCCAAAGUGAAAUUAAUCAAUUACAUGGCAAACUUCUGGAGACAGAGCGCCAACUAGGGGAAGCUCAUGGUAGGCUGAAGGAGCAGAGACAACUUUCAAGUGAAAAGUUGAUGGAUAAAGAGCAACAAGUGGCUGAUUUACAACUGAAACUUUCUCGUUUAGAAGAACAGUUGAAGGAAAAAGUAACAAAUUCUACAGAAUUGCAGCAUCAGUUAGAAAAAACAAAGCAACAGCAUCAAGAACAACAAGCUCUUCAGCAAAGUACUACAGCAAAACUUCGAGAAGCUCAGAAUGAUUUGGAACAAGUACUACGUCAAAUUGGUGAUAAGGACCAAAAGAUCCAGAACCUUGAAGCCUUAUUACAGAAGAGUAAAGAAAAUAUUUCAUUACUGGAAAAAGAAAGAGAAGAUCUUUAUGCAAAAAUUCAGGCUGGUGAAGGAGAGACUGCUGUUCUUAACCAGUUACAAGAAAAAAACCAUACAUUACAAGAACAAGUAACUCAGCUAUCAGAGAAGCUGAAGAAUCAGUCAGAAAGCCAUAAACAAGCCCAGGAGAAUUUGCAUGACCAGGUACAAGAGCAGAAGGCACAUCUCAGAGCUGCACAAGACCGUGUCCUUUCCCUAGAAACCAGUAUCAGUGAAUUAAACAGUCAAUUAAAUGAAAGCAAGGAGAAGGUCUCCCAGCUUGACAUACAGAUUAAAGCCAAAACCGAAUUAUUGCUAUCAGCAGAAGCAGCAAAAACUGCUCAAAGAGCUGAUCUUCAGAAUCAUUUGGACACAGCUCAAAAUGCAUUACAAGAUAAGCAGCAGGAGUUAAAUAAGAUCACUACUCAGUUGGAUCAGGUCACUACAAAGUUACAAGACAAGCAAGAGCAUUGCAGUCAGCUGGAAGGUCAUCUUAAGGAAUAUAAAGAGAAACACCUCUCUUUAGAACAGAAAACUGAAGAGCUAGAAGGUCAAAUUAAGAAACUAGAAGCUGAUACUCUUGAAGUCAAAGCAAGCAAGGAGCAAGCUUUGCAGGAUCUACAACAGCAAAGACAGCUGAACACAGAUUUAGAGCUUAGAGCCACAGAAUUAAGUAAACAACUUGAAAUGGAGAAAGAAAUAGUAUCGAGUGCAAAAUUGGAUCUACAGAAAAAAUCUGAGGCCCUUGAAAAUAGCAAGCAAAUGCUUACAAAGCAAGAGCAAGAAAAUCUAAUCCUGAAACAAGAAUUUGAAAAUUUAAGUCAAGAUUCAAAGAUGCAGCAAAAGGAAUUGAAUAACAGAAUUCAAACAACAGUAACAGAACUACAGAAAGUGAAGACAGAGAAAGAAACUUUAAUGACAGAGCUUUCUACAGUAAAAGAGAAGUUAUCAAAAGUUUCUGAUUCUUUGAAAAACUCCAAAAGUGAAUUUGAAAAGGAGAAUCAGAAAGGAAAAGCUGCUAUAUUAGAUUUGGAAAAAACUUGCAAAGAAUUAAAGUGUCAACUUCAAGUACAGACGGAAAGUACACUUAAGGAACAGAAUGAACUGAAAAAAUCACUUGAAAAAGAGAAGGAGACUUCUCAUCAGUUGAAGUUGAAACUGAAUUCAAUGCAAGAACAAAUCACACAGGCCCAGAGUACUUUAAAACAAAAGGAAAAAGAAGAGCAACAACUUCAGGGAAACAUAAAUGAGCUCAAGCAAUUGACUGAACAGAAGAAAAAGCAAAUUGAAGCACUCCAAGGAGAGGUUAAAAUUGCUGUUUCACAGAAGACAGAGCUUGAGAAUAAACUACAGCAGCAGUCAGCACACGCAGCCCAGGAACUUGCAGCAGAGAAAGAGAAAAUAUCAGUGUUACAAAACACCUGUGAAAAAAGUCAGGAAAAUCUGAAACAGCUUCAGUCUGAUUUCUAUGGGAAAGAAUCUGAACUUCUAGCCACAAGACAAGAUCUUAAGUCUGUAGAAGAGAAGCUUUCUCUAGCGCAGGAGGACUUGAUUUCAAACAGAAAUCAAAUCGGAAACCAAAAUAAAUUGAUCCAAGAACUGAAGACUGCCAAGGCUACUUUGGAGCAGGAUUCAGCAAAGAAAGAACAGCAAUUGAAGGAGCAAUGUAAAGCACUACAAGAUAUUCAGAAAGAAAAGUCACUGAAAGAAAAAGAACUAGUAAAUGAAAAAUCUAAAUUGGCAGAGAUAGAGGAAGUUAAGUGUAGACAAGAAAAAGAAAUCACCAAACUAAUUGAAGAACUCAAGUCCCAUAAACAAGAAAGCAUAAAGGAGAUAACAAAUCUUAAGGAUGCCAAACAGCUUUUGAUUCAGCAGAAAUUAGAACUUCAAGGAAAAGUAGAUUCCCUGAAGGCAACACUUGAACAGGAGAAGAGAAACCAGCAGAUGCUAAAAGAGCAGGUGAAAAAGGAAGAAGAUGAGCUGAAGAAAGAAUUUAUUGAGAAAGAAGCUAAACUGCAUUCUGAAAUAAAAGAAAAAGAAGUAGGAAUGAAGAAGCAUGAAGAAAAUGAGGCCAAACUUACCAUGCAGGUUACAGCAUUAAAUGAAAAUUUAGGCACGGUGAAGAAGGAGUGGCAAUCUAGUCAACGGAGAGUUAGUGAGCUCGAGAAGCAAACGGAUGACUUACGGGGUGAAAUUGCGGUACUAGAAGCAACCGUUCAGAAUAAUCAAGAUGAAAGGAGAGCACUACUAGAAAGAUGCCUUAAGGGAGAAGGUGAAAUAGAAAAGCUUCAAACCAAAGUACUAGAAUUACAAAGAAAGCUGGAUAAUACAACCGCAGCGGUACAGGAGCUAGGCAGAGAAAAUCAGUCCCUUCAGAUCAAACAUACACAAGCGUUGAAUAGAAAGUGGGCUGAAGACAAUGAAGUACAAAACUGUAUGGCCUGUGGGAAAGGCUUUUCAGUAACAGUGAGACGGCAUCACUGCCGACAGUGUGGAAAUAUCUUCUGUGCUGAGUGUUCAGCCAAAAAUGCCUUAACUCCUUCUUCCAAGAAGCCUGUUCGUGUCUGUGAUGCAUGUUUUAAUGACUUGCAAGGAUAAUGGGCUAUCACAACUUCAGAGUAAUAUUACACUAACAUUAGAUUUUUAAUAAAUGUACUUAAUAGAGGUUUUGGACUACUCUUUGAUUUGGACACUGGUUGCAAUACUAGACCAAAUUAGAAUUCGUAUAUUUUGGAAUGUUAUCAAGUAAAACUCUUCUAUUUUUGUGAGACUUGGGCUCAUCUUUCAUUACUUUCUUCCAUUUGGCCCCUGGAACAGCUUUCAUGCCAAGUUUAGAAUUAGCCAAUGAAAUGUAAAUAAACUUUGGACAGAAAAUAGCAAUGUAUUUUUUUAAAUAUAAUUUCAUUGUUCACAAAUGAAGAAUACAAUUCCAUAGCUUACUUCUUUCUCCUAAAUUUAAUGUACAAAAAUGUACAUGGAUGAUGUUAUCAUUUGUUGCUGUUUUUGUUGCACAAUAACACAUUAUAUUAUUCUCUUUGUGAAGUCAUUCACAGAACUAUAAACACUUUCUGACUACCAUUUUCUCUUAAAUAUAGGUCCAUAGCUCAGUUUCAUUGUUAUAAAUUUAAUACUUGGGUGUUCUAAAUACAGUUUAUCUUAAAAUGUGUAUUAACCAUGAAUUCAAAAGUGUUUUUUUGUUUUAACAAUAUUGAUUAAAUUCUUUUGGGUAGACUUUAUGAAAAGCUCUGUAAAAUCAAUUUGCUUAACUUAUGGUUAUAACUGGGGUUAUAUUUUAAAAAAUAGGGUUAAUUUUUCUUUUUCUUUUUGUCUUUUUCUGUCUCCUUUUUAAACUCCUACAUAUUGUCCAUUAAGAAUCUUACAAAGCUUCCCACCCUCACCCUCAGUUGGAGGAUAAAUAAUAGAACUUGUAUAAUGUUCCUAUUCUUGGUUUCUUGUAUUUGGGAAAUCUUCUGAGAUUAGUCUUCAUGUCAUACCCUUCUGUUAUGUUGUCUCUCCAGCACCUUCAGGAAUCUGAGUUUGCUUUUUAAUGGAUCUGCAUUUUACUUUUAUUUGAUUUGACCUUCCUAAGCAUAGUUCAGUUUCACUCUAAUUGUUUUCUAAUUUUGCAUUGUGAAGCUAGUAACUAAUAUUGCCAUAGUCUUAUCUGUAAAAACAAAAUACAAAAUGGUAAGAAGACAUUAAAUAUUUUACUUUAUAUUUUCUUAUUAUCUAAUAGGGAAGAAUUUUAAAAAGUUGUAAAACUGACAAAUUUAAAAUGGUUCUGAGUUUGGAGUUCCGUAUCAACUGGGAAAUCUUUUAACUUUGCAAAAAUAAUGCUGUAAAAUUACCUUUAAGUAACAGCUGGAGAAUAGAGUGUCACCAAAAACACACAUAUUUAGGGAUCCCAAAGUUAUUAUAAAAACUGAAACAGAAUGUCUGAGCACCUUAAGGAUAAUUAAGGAUUAGCCUCUUUGUAUGCUAAACAAUGGAAUUGAACUGUAAUUUAGCAUACAUAGUCUUAUUAAUUGGGAAAACUGGAAAAUAUCUGAAAAGAUAAGUCAUUAGUAUCGGUUUAUUACUCUUUUUAGAGAAGAAAUGUAAAGUUAUACAUUCAUUCAUUGUAAUCAUUUAAUAAUAGCAGAGAAGAAUGAGUUAAUAUUUCAUUUAUAACAAAUAGUGUGUAAUAUACAUUUGCUUUCAAAUAUCAUGUUGAAAUAAAAUUAUGUUUAUGCCAUACCUACAACAUAUAUAAACUGAAAGAGAUUGCCAGAUAUUCAUUUACUUAUUUUUAAAAAACAUUUAAGUAAACCCUGAUGUCAAUAGCUAUUAAGAGAACUGAUUAAGUCCCAGGACUUGGAUAAACAUAUAUCCUUGAGCAUAUAUAGUGAAGAAAUACGAUGGCUCUUUAUUAAAAAUAAUGUUGGAUAAUAUAAACUGAGCUAUUUAUGCAUUUUUAUAUACUUAUAAAUCAAAAUAGUCUUAAUUCUCUACUUUUACAUAUAAAUAAUAAUUGUGCUGGAAAAACACAGAUAUUCACAGAACCACAGUUUAUUUUUUUUAAGAUAAUAAAAUGUCGUGAGAAUUCUGGAUUAGAAUAUUUGUUCACCUCAUCUCCUAGUUGGAUGCACUGCAGGCCUUCCUGUCCCCUCCCUCCCCUGACAACAAAUACAACCUUAUGUGAUUGAGUGAUUUUCUCAUUUUUAUCUAACUAAUUUCAUUUCAUAAGACCCAAAUAAUUUACCUACCAUAGCCUAGUAAACUGAUAAUAUAAAUGAGACCUAACAUUUUUGCUAUUAACUCUUACCAAUUUAAUGUAUUUUGGAAGCAAAAUUAAAGUGUUUUUUCCUUUUAAUUAAAAGGUCCUCUUCUGAGUCUUUAUUGGCUAUCCAUUUUAGAUGUUUGCUGGUACUGUUAUCUUGUGGGUGAGUUAGAGCUGGCAUGUAGAGAGCCCCAGCUCUUGGCUUUAAUGCAAAGCAUAUUGGCAUCAUGUGUUGGUAAAUUCCAAACCCCAGCACAGAAAUGUGAGUUAAAAUCAAGCUGGUUUAGUGUACGAUAUAUCGUACCUAUAGAAUUUUUUUUUAAUAGAAGACAAAGCUGCUGGUAUAGGAUUUGUUCAUUUUUAAGAAAAAAAAGAGGGAAACAAACACAAAAACCUCAAUGCAGUAUACAAAUAACAUUUUGUUGAACUACCUCUUAAUGUGGAAUUAGCUAGUUUAUAGUUUCCUCACAGUAAUGUUAAAUAGUAACUGCCAAAUUUGUUAUUUUCCCAUCUCUCUUAAAAAGUCUUUAUGAUUAUUUUAUAUAGUUUUAAGAACUUUAAAGCCACUUUUUUUUAGCCUUGCAUUUAAAUAAAAAUGUUUAGCUUUUAAGUGGAGAGCAAAUUAUGAUCAUAUGUUUUGAUAUUCAUGACCUAUUUGACUAUAGCAGUUUUUUUUAAAAAAUGCACUUUGGCUAUAAAACCAUGGAUGUUCCGAUCCAUAAGACUUAAAUGUGCCAUCAAUUUAGUAUUACUAGACAUGAGCUUGAUGAAUGGUGUUCUGUAAUUAUAAUGUGCCACACAUUAUCGUGUCUUAAUUGCCCUUUGUCUGAAUUUUAACGAUCAAUUUGUUAUUGUUGCAGAUGUGAAUAUUGUGCAUAAACUUACUAAAUUUAUGUAAAUUGUAUAAAAUAGAAUCAGAAGUCGCUAAAUUCUUUCUAUGUAGAAGUAAUGAAUUUAUUGUAACAUGACACAGUUAUGUAUAUGACAUUCUGUACUUCCUUGAACUGAAUCAUAGCUUCUGUAGAUACUUUUGCAUGGAUAUUUUCUCUUUUAGUUUUUAGGUUCAUUAUUUGUAUUGUGUUUACUACUUGUGAUCAUGUAGUUGUGCCUUAUUUUGUGAGAGAGUUUAGCUCAGUAAAUAAAUACUGUAAUUUCUAAACUCAGUGAUUGGAAGGUUACUAAUUACAAAUGUAACUGAUAAAUUACGCGACAGCAUUUAAAUCUGUAUAAAGAACAAUGGAAGGAUCCUUACUGAAUUGUUGCUUUUGUUUUUUUUUUAAUAUGUUAAAGAUGAUAUUAAAAAAAUUUCUUUCUA